AAAUGGCUUGUAGGUUCCCUCAAGGAAUGUACUGCAUUCAUUCCAGUUUGUCCUGCUCCUUGAAUGUUCUUUUCUUUUUUACUAGAUAUUCUGCGGGCAACCAUCACCUAUUCUGUCCAGUCUGAUGCAGCCCAAUCUAUGCCACGUCUUACAUUUGAGAAUGAGAGCCCUACCAUCCGUAAGGACAUCCGUCUUGGAAGGAUGACAAGAUGUAUCAAGGAGUCCCUCCAGGCUCCGGCCUGCCUGGAUGACACCUUCUCUCCAGUUGUGUUGAAGGCAAACUUUUCCGGUGAAGGGUCACCCGAUACCAGGGAACUACGCCCAAUCAUCCACCCGGAAACAAACUUUUCUGCUGAAAUUGAGGUUCCCUUCAAGCAAGACUGUGGCCCUGAUGAAAUUUGUGUGUCUGAUCUUCGGGUCUCCUUCAACUUUUCAGGAUCCAGAGGUCUUAAUCUGAGUCCAAAGUUCAUACUAAAUUUAACGGUGAAACUGGAAAAUGUGGGAGAGACGGCGUACGAACCAGGCCUUUCCUUUUAUUACCCCCCUGUUUUGUCUUUUCAAGGGGCUUCAGUUCUUCAGUCAAAUUGGCGCCUGUCCCCAGCUUGCCAAAUGCAUGGAUCUCAAGGGAACUCAUCCACCCGCCACAGCUCUUGCAGUUUUAGACCCCCAACUCUCAAGAAAGGCAUUCAGGCUUUCCUCAAGUUUUCCUUCCGCUCUUCCAGACGUGACUCCUGGCAUGACAAGUUUGCAUCUGUCACCAUUCGAGCCCACAGUCAGAAUGAGAACGACACUCGUACCCUAAGUGACAAUGAGGCUACAGGUUCCCUGCCUGUGCUACAUCCAGUCAACGUCAUUAUUAAGGGGGUUGAGUCUACCACCUACCUCAAUUUCUCUACAGAGAUCCCACAAAGGAAAACCCUUACACACACCUAUGUGGUUCAAAACGAUGGCCCAAACUCCACCCCAGUCAAUGUGACCUUUGAACUCUCCUCAGAGACUAAGUUGGGCUUCUUCUGGAAUGUGACCCUAACUCACAGUAAUAUGACGGACAAGUUCUGUACGCCAUUGAUCACCCCCAGGAUGCAGUUAAAGACUAAGAAGAUCAAAGGACCAAUUAAGAGAGGAUGUCCAGAGACAGCUACAUGCACCAGAUUUCUUUGCCGGUUUACCAGCCUCUCUCCAGAAGAGAAGGUCAAUUUUAGCUUUUCUGGGGAAUUUUACAGAAAGGAGGAUACUAGUAAGCUGGACUCCCAGAAAUUUCAUCUUCUCAGCGAAGCAUCUGUGUUUGUUGACGAAACCAGGUUUUUCCAGAUUCAUCUUGGGAAAUUCAAUUUUAGCCAGAUCAGUACUGAAGUAGAGCUGAUUUCUCCUUUCAACCCUGUUCCCAUCAUCAUUGGCAGCGUUGUUGGUGGGAUCUUGCUCUUAGCCAUUCUGGUGGCUGUCUUGUAUAAGGUUGGAUUCUUUAAACGGAAACGCAUCCCCCAGGUGGAUGAAACCACAAUGACCCCAGUUGCCCCAAGUGAAGAGGCUCCUCCACCUUCAAGUAGCUCCUAAUUUGGCAUUGGCCUGAGAGUCAGGAUUUCUGACUUUUCUGGAAUGGAAAUGGAGAAACAGGACUAUCUGAGGAAGGAAUAGGGCAUGGGAGUGGGUUAAGAGGAAGAGACUAGGAGCCAGAACAAAACUAUUUAUUCUAAUAAUCAUGUAUGUUUUUGAAUUGGAAAGCCAAAAUCCACUAGUGCACCAUGCAAAGCUGUCCAUCAGUGAGGAAGGAAGGAUGUCAGGCUUCCUAUUUGCCUGUUAGCUAAUUGAUAAACAAGACGCGUGGGUGGCAAUGGCAGAUAUUGAUUUCUCCUGGGGCAUCAGCUGCUCUAAAUGAUGAGGAUGGGAUUUGGACAAGAGCAAGAGAUAAUGGACUAAUCUCUCUGUGCUUAGAUGUUCUGGUAGAGCCCAACAGAGGAAGUUGAGCCAUCGCCUGACUUUAGCAACAUGUACCUUUGAAAUUAAAGGGAUGUGAUUCAGG